UUGAACAAACAUGGUGGGAUGAUGAGAAGAAAGGAAUGGAAGUUACGUGGACCAGUCGAAAAUCCGAUUGUGAUGUUUAUGGUAUGUGUGGACCUUUUGCAAGUUGUAAUUCACAGAGGUCACCAAUAUGUAGCUGUUUGAAAGGGUUUGAACCAAGGAACAAAGAGGAGUGGAGUAGACAGAACUGGACUAGUGGAUGUGUUAGGAGAACACGGUUGAAGUGUGAAAGGGUCAAAGAUCAGAACACAAGUAUAGAUACAAAGGAAGAUGGGUUUCUGAAACUGCAGAUGAUUAAAGUUCCAGAUUUUGAAGAAGGGUCACCUGUUCCGCCAGACAUAUGCAAAAGCCAAUGCUUGGAUAAUUGCUCUUGUAUUGCUUACUCUCACGAUGAUGAGAUUGGUUGUAUGUCUUGGACAGAGAAUCUACUUGACAUACAACAAUUCUCAGAAGGAGGACUUGAGCUAUAUAUUCGUGUGGCCAACUCUGAACUUGAUAAAGGGACAAAUAGAACAAUGAUCAUUACAAUAACAGUGAUAAUAGGAACUGUCAUCCUUGUUACUUGUGCAUAUGUCAUGUGGAGGACUUCCAAUCACCCAGCUAAAAUAUGGCGAGCGAUCAAAUCAGCAAGGAAGAGGAACAACAAAGCUAUCCUACUAUCUAACAGGGGUGGUGAGACACCAGAACAACCAAGGCACAGCGUAAUUGAAGAACUGUCACAAGUUAAACUACAGGAGCUGUUAAUAUUUGAUUUUGAAAGGGUUGCUACAGUCACAAACAACUUCCACCUGUCCAACAAACUUGGGCAGGGUGGUUUUGGCCCAGUGUACAAGCACCACAAGAUUGCUAUCUUCAGAAAUUGUAACAACUCCAGAAGAAUCAUUCAGUGGUUGGUCUCUGUUAGCAACCCAUAUGACUGUGGACUCAGACUUCCACCAAAUUCCAACGUAGCGUUUUGUGGAGUUUUGAGGGGUGAAGAAUCCCAACGUGAAGUUACCAUCUUUGGAACUUAG